CCGGGGGGAGAGUGUUUGUGAACGCACCGUCAAGCAGGACUGCUGCUUGUGCUUUUCACUUCCUGGAUUGGACAGUGUCAUUAAGCCGAAAUGGUUCACACAGAGGCCUUUUCUCGUCCUCUCAGUCGGAAUGAAGUUGUUGGACUAAUUUUCCGACUGACAAUAUUUGGAGCGGUUACUUAUUUUACAAUUAAAUGGAUGGUAGAUGCCAUAGAUCCUACUAGAAAACAAAAGAUUGAAGCCCAGAAGCAGGCUGAGAAGCUAAUGAGACAGAUUGGUGUAAAGAAUGUGAAGCUCACAGAGUAUGAAAUGAGUAUUGCAGCCCAUCUUGUAGAUCCACUCAGCAUGCUGGUAACGUGGGAGGAUAUUGCAGGCCUGGAUGAUGUCAUCACAGACCUUAAAGAUACAGUAAUUCUCCCAGUCAGGAAGAAGCAUUUAUUUGAAAAUUCCAGACUGCUCCAGCCUCCAAAAGGAGUGCUUCUUUAUGGACCUCCAGGGUGCGGUAAAACUUUGAUUGCCAAAGCAACCGCCAAAGAAGCAGGAUGCCGCUUCAUUAACCUUCAGCCAUCCACGCUUACGGACAAGUGGUAUGGGGAAUCCCAGAAACUGGCAGCUGCUGUUUUCUCCUUGGCUGUAAAGCUACAACCAUCAAUUAUUUUCAUUGAUGAAAUAGAUUCUUUUCUUCGAAGUCGCUCAAGCAGUGACCAUGAAGCCACAGCGAUGAUGAAGGCUCAGUUCAUGAGUCUUUGGGAUGGACUGGACACAGACCACAAUUGUCAGGUGAUUGUAAUGGGAGCCACCAAUCGGCCCCAAGAUCUCGACACAGCAAUAAUGCGGAGAAUGCCGACCAGAUUUCACAUCAAUCAACCGUCCAUGAAGCAGCGAGAGGCAAUUCUCAAUCUCAUCCUGAGGAAUGAAAAUGUGGAUGGGCAGGUGGACUUAAUGGAGAUCUCGAGCAGCACUGAUGGAUUCUCUGGCAGUGAUCUAAAGGAAAUGUGUCGGGAUGCUGCACUGCUUUGUGUUAGGGAAUAUGUGAACAGUAAUACAGAGGAUGGCUUUUAUGAUGAAAUUCGACCAAUACAACAGCAAGAUUUAAUCAAAGCCAUUGAGAAAAUGAGGAAAUCCAAGAAUGCGACGAACCAAGGGGUUUUAAUGCACGUUAGUUUGGACUGAGGUCAUGCCAUAGCUGCCACCAUUGCAAGAUUAUCUUGUGCGAAGAGGCAGCUGGGAGGCGUUGAGCAUGGGGAAGAGAGCAGUCCUUCGCAAAUGGGAGUCAAAUUUUUUUUUUUUAUGAACUUAAACCCUCUGCUACUCGUCAGUAGGAAUUCAGCAUAAAGAAAGAGCCACAUAAUAAUCGCCGGCAUUGCUAGGUCUUUAACAAUCAGUUCAGCAUAUGGAAAAGGGUCGGUGUAGUCCUGUUUACGUUUGUUCAGUAUCUCUAUGUGCUUAAUGUGGCUUGACUUUCAGCACUCCAAAAGAUGUGCUGUUUUACUACACUGAUUGCAGAAGCAGCAAUACAGCUCAGACAUUCAGUUUUGUCUCAACAUUUCAGAUCCAUUUUUAACAUAAAGAUUUUAAGAUUUAUUGCGGGGAAAAGACCCAAGAAUGUUGGCACUUGUAUUCCUGCUGCUUGUAUUGAGGUGUAUGCAUAAAGCUUCACUCAAAUAUCUUGAAUUCACGUUUCAUUAUCUGUCUUUCUGAUCGUUAGACCUGGUCAAAACAGGAGUACCACCACUCAUGGGUUUUUAAAUUGGGUAAUAAUGUAAUAUUUGGUUGGGAAUUCCGAUCAACUACCAGGGUUGAAUGGCUGUAAUGGAGAUUAGAUUUUGACUGAUGAACCAUUAAUACUAAUGGAAACCCCAUCUGUGCUACUCCUAUUGUGUGUACAUAUAUGAUAUGAAAUUUAACAGAUAUAUUCCCCAAUGAUUGAACAUUUAAUUUGUUCUCUCAAUGUUAGUGAUAGAAUGGUAGCAGAAACAAACUGACAUUUCUUACUUUUCUGGCAGUCUGAUUAGCAAAAACAAACAUAAUUUAUUUCAGUCUACCUAUGUGUACAUGGUAUGAACAAACAGGAUUAUGAUAUUCUGAUUGUUCUAGAAGUGGGUCUGUUAGAGGCUCUGUAGCUGUUUUCUAGAAAGGGAAUGUAUAGAGACUGUUGUUCCAGAUGCUGUAUUCACUUAACACGUGAUACAAGUUUUCCCAGGAGUUAGGAAUUCUUUGAGUCUGACAUAAUUGCAGUAAUAACUCAAAUCAAAAUAUUGCAUCUGUAGUUGAAAAGAAUAGAUAUUGCAGAACCUUCUCUUUUAAGGAUCAAUGAUAGUGUGGCCAUGUGAAGCAGAUGGUGCUGUGGAAUAAGCCUACAUAGAUAUUCUGUGUGUAGCCAUGAAAGGCCUAUACUAUGUAAAUAGACACGGUUUCAAAAAGUUUUGUAUAACGGAUGUUUUCUGUGUGUUUAGGAUUUGAUGACCUCUGGUACGGGAUGUGAGAAUAAAAUCUGCCACUAAAGUUGAGAA